AUGCGGCCAUUGCGAUGUACAUACCAGAAAGCAACACGCGGCUAUGACCGAAAUGGAAGACUGUUCGAAGCAGUUCAAGCGGCUUGUUGGGCCCAAGCUGGCACGUUGCGGACCCAGAACGGCAGUCUACGACGGACGUCUUCAAGUCAUGGUCCAAGCCGAGCAAGAUGUCAGCCAGGAACACCUCCCAGAGGACCUCUACCACUUUCAAGGACAACAACCAGAACUGCAUUCGAACGGCCACGAGGAGUGAUCGCCAGCCCAUCAUCCAGAUCGCUGUCCUCUUCCAAACCGCCAACCGCCGAUGGUCCAACAAUCUACGCCCUCUCCACAGCACCCGGUCGCUCCGCAAUCGCCAUAAUCCGCACCUCCGGCCCUCUCAGCACGCACAUCUAUCACGCCCUCUGCCCCAACAAACCGCUCCCUCAGCCUCGUCACGCCGUUGUGCGAACACUCUACGAUCCGUCGCAGUCACAAUCACGGGAUACAAUCCUUGACCCUAGCGCCUUGGUCCUCUACUUCCCUGCUCCCAACACGUUCACGGGAGAAGACAUCCUCGAAAUGCACGUCCAUGGCGGCCCGGCAGUCGUCAAAGCUGUGCUAUCCGCUAUUAGUCGCAUCCCGAUACACCCAUCUGGAAGGAUUCGCUACGCUCAGCCAGGAGAGUUCACGCUCCGAGCUUUCCACAAUUCUCGCCUUACUCUCACUCAAAUCGAAGCUCUUUCCGAUACCCUGGCAGCCGAGACUGAGCAACAGCGACGACUUUCGAUCAGAGGUUCCACUUCCACUCUUCCUGCUUUAUAUGAGACUUGGCGUCAACUCCUCCUUUCCGCUCGCGGCGAGUUGGAAGCUCUGAUUGAUUUCUCGGAAGACCAGCAUUUCGAUGAAUCGACCGUCGAACUUUGUGCAUCGAUAUCAGCGCAAGUCCGACACCUCAUCUUGUUGCUGAAAGUCCAUAUCCAGAACGCUGUGAAAGGAGAAUUGCUACGAAAUGGUAUCUCAGUGGCAUUCCUAGGCGUACCGAACGCAGGCAAAAGUUCACUGCUGAAUUGCAUAGUUGGCCGAGAAGCGGCGAUUGUGGCGGAGGAAGCGGGUACGACAAGGGAUGUGGUGGAUGUGAGUGUAGAUCUUGGAGGCUGGCUGGUGAGGUUCGGGGAUACGGCUGGUGUGAGGAAGGGUGAGGACGGGAAGGCGAAGGUGGGGAAAGUGGAGGAGGAAGGGAUCAGGAGGGCGAAGGCUAGGGCAACAGAGAGUGAUGUUGUUGUGGUGGUACUGGACUUGGAUCGGCAUGCCUCAAACGGAGCAGCUGAAGAAGUGGUGCUGCGCAUCGAUCCGGACCUGCAGACUUUCAUACACGGACUGGCUUGCUAUCCGACUUCGAUCCUGGUGGCGAUCAACAAGUCCGACCUCAUCUCCUCACUCACAGAGAAGGAACGCAUCCUCAGCUCCGCCCAAAAGGCGUUUUCCGCCAUACCGUCGGACAGCUUCCACUUCAUCUCCUGCAAGCACGCCGAAGCGACUCGAAACCUCCCUCCACCUGCCACGCAAACCUCCAGCUCCUCACCCGACGCAGGCGGCAUCCAAACCCUCCUCUCCGGACUAACAACCCAAUUCGCCAACCUCACCACCGCCAUCGUACCCUCCUCCAACCAGGGAGCGCCCGGCUCCAUCGACCAAUCAAUCUACACCGAAUCCCUCGGUGCCUCGCAGCGGCAUCGGGACUUACUGUCGGCCUGUCUCUCUUCGUUGGAGGACUUUGAGACGGAGCUUCAGCCGCAACGUCAUUCAGAUGGCGAGGGUGAGGAUGGCAGUGAUGUUGGUGAGGACUUCGAGCCUGAUAUCGUGCUCGCGGCGGAACAUCUGAGAAGAGCAGCGGAGAGUUUGGCGAGGAUUACGGGGAAAGGUGAGGGGAGUGGGGAUGUGGAGGAAGUGCUUGGGGUGGUGUUUGAGAAGUUCUGUGUGGGGAAGUAG